AUGAAUCUCUUGAUCGCCUUGGUGGCAGCAGUGGUAUCGCUGUCCGCACACGUAUCCGCCCAAAACUUCCAGCACUCAUGUUAUAAUUACUACCUCGACAACGGCGUAGCAGACGGCAGCCAUGAGCUCUACCUCGAGGCGUUCUGCUCCGGGGGCACCGACGAGCAAGGGAACGAGCGGUCGCGGAUCUGCACCAGGCUGAAGCUGGCCGACUGCUACAAGAACGUCAAUGGCGCGCUCAAGGCGUAUGGCGACGACGAGGAGCCGUCGGACAACCUGAGCCAGACGUGCGAGGUCGACAGCUGUGCCAUCAUGCGGGAUUCCUGGGACGGGCCCAUCAUGACGUGCCAAUGCCGGAAUGAUAAUGGGGAGUACGUGGAUACGACGAUCGAUAUGAACGCGGAAAUAGGUAACGAGGGGGGUCUUUUGCAGUGUGGGGACCAGUAUGGAAGUCUCACCUGUCCCGACUGGGGUCCUUACUCAACAACAUUUUUACCCGAGGAGGACCUGUGA